UGUUUCCCUCCCUCCCCACUGCCCCGCCUACCCUCCCUCAGCGACUCCGCUUGCGCGCGUGCGCCGUCGGCGGGUUCCCCUUGCUCGCGCCGGUAAUGAGGGAAAACGACGGUUGGGAGUUGCUGGGCCGGACGUUGCCGUGGAGCCGAGCGAGGAGCGCCGGCGUGGCGGGUAAAGAGCCUUGUUGUUAACAGUGGUUGGAUCAAAAGGAACUGACAUCUCUCUUGGACUGUUCCAUCAGCUUCAACAUGGCUGGAGGCAUUACUGAUACAGGAGAGCUGUACUCACCUUACGUUGGCCUGGUUUACAUGUUCAAUCUCAUAGUUGGGACUGGAGCUCUGACUAUGCCAAAGGCCUUUGCCACUGCUGGUUGGCUUGUCAGCCUCAUCCUAAUAAUGUUCUUGGGGUUCAUGAGCUACAUGACCACAACUUUUGUAAUGGAGGCCAUGGCUGCUGCAAAUGCCCAGCUUCGUUGGAAGAGAAUGGAAAAGCACAAGGAUGAUGAUGAGGAUUCUUCAUCUGGCGUUUCUGAUAGUGAUGUUCUUCUUCCUGAAGGCUACGAGCGAUCAGAGACACGACCUAUCCUAUCUCUUCAGAGACGAGGAGCACCUAACAUUUUUGAAAUCACUGAAAGGGUGGAGAUGGGUCAGAUGGCAUCCAUGUUCUUCAAUAAAGUGGGAGUCAACUUGUUCUAUUUCUGCAUAAUCAUCUACCUCUAUGGUGAUUUGGCGAUAUAUGCAGCUGCUGUCCCAGUUUCUCUCAUGCAGGUGACCUGUAGUGUGACGGGCAAUCAUUCAUGCAGUGUUGAAGAUGGUACUAAGUAUAAUGACACAGACAAGUGCUGGGGACCAAUCAGAAGGAUUGAUGCUUAUAGAAUUUAUCUGGCAGCAUUUACCAUCCUCUUGGGCCCAUUCACCUUUUUUAAUGUGCAGAAAACAAAGUAUCUUCAGAUUCUGACAUCACUCAUGAGGUGGAUAGCAUUUGUCGUCAUGAUAAUUAUAGCCCUUCUCCGGAUUUCCAAAGGGAAAGGGGAAGGUCACCCUCCUUUAGCGCAACUCUCAGGGAUCCGCAAUCUCUUUGGGGUGUGCGUUUAUUCCUUCAUGUGCCAGCACUCGCUGCCAUCUCUCAUCACUCCCAUCUCCAAGAAGAAACACGUUAACAAGUUGGUCCUGCUGGAUUACACCUUAAUCCUGGGUUUCUACAGCCUCUUGUCCUUCACUGCUAUCUACUGCUUCAAGAACGGGACUCUCAUGGAUAUGUAUACGCUCAACUUCACCAGCUGUGACAUUGUCAAUAUCGCCGUUAUCCGCUACUUCCUGGGCCUCUUUCCUGUCUUCACCAUCAGCACCAACUUUCCUAUAAUUGCCGUGACUCUGAGGAACAAUUGGAAGACGCUCUUCCACCGGGAAGGGGGAACCUACCCGUGGGUAGUAGAUAGGAUUUUUUUCCCAGUCAUCACACUCAUUCCCCCCAUUAUCGUGGCUUUCUGCACCCACGAUUUAGAGUCCUUGGUGGGCAUUACUGGAGCCUAUGCUGGGAAUGGGAUCCAGUAUAUCAUCCCUGCUUUCUUAGCAUAUUGCAGCCGAAAAGACACUCAGUUGAUCUUUGGAAAUGGCACGCUCAAUAAACAUUUGUCCCCUUUCCGGCACACAUUCUGGAUUGGGUUUGUCCUACUCUGGGGACUUUUUUGCUUUCUGUUUGUGACUGCAAAUAUCAUAUUGAGUGAAACUAAGCUCUAAUGAUGGAACGAUGGUGUUUGUUAUCAAAGUGGAGGUGACUUCUGAGACUUCUCCUUCUGAUCUUGCACCU